UCAGGCUACAAUGCUACUACGUCCCAACCGCUAAGCAGGGAGAGGCUCGCCAGAGCGCCCCUUAUUUCCUUUCUCCCUACCUUCGUAUAAUCGCAUAUACAAAGAAGCUCUCGUCUUCUCCCCUAUGCCAUCUUAGUUCUCUCUAGUUCUCCUAGCUCCGUCACUACCUACCAUGGCUCCCAACGUCAAGCCUACCAUCGUUCUGGUGGCCGGCGCCUUCCACACACCACGGAGCUAUCAGCAGCUCACUGACGCACUUGAAUCAUACGGUUAUGAGGUUCAUGUCCCCCGGCUUCCAACCUGCAACGAAGCACGCCCACCGAAUGCAGACCUCGCCAGCGACACCCAGCUUGUCCGAAGUUACGUAGAGAGCUUGGUUCGCGCCGGACGCACUGUGGUUGCAAUUGGCCAUUCUUACGGCGGCCAGGUAGUCUCCAAUGCGCUUUGCGGUCUCGGCACCGAGACUCGCUCACGGAAGGGUCUCGCCGGCGGUGUUUCGAAACUGAUUUACAUGGUGGGCUAUGCUCUCGCCAAAGGAAAAUCAACUUUCGACAAGUUCUUAGAGUUUGGAGAUGCUGCCAACGCGCCCCUGGUGUUCGACGUGGCCGAGGAUGGCACAAUGUUGGUCAAAAACCCGAAUGUGUUGUUUGGCCUCGAGAGUCCAGGUCAAAGAAUCUCCGAAGACGAAGUGGCCGCGUACCGUGAGACUCUUUGUCAUUGGAAUGGCAAGGGCAUGCUCCAGCCCCUCGAGAAUGAAGCCUGGCGAGAGAUAGAGAGUUGUUACAUCUAUACGCAGCUGGACGUUAGCAUCCCAAUUCCUGAACAAGAGUCAAUGGUCAAGACUCUGGAGAAGGCUGGCCGUGAAGUGAAGACUGCCUCCGUCGAGUCGGGCCAUUGCCCACACUUCAGCACUACUCAGGUUGUUGCCGACACUGUCAACGAAAUGAUUCAAGCUUGAGCACUCGGCGGUUACGACAGAAGAGAUGGCGUAUGAGUAGCUUUUCACAGACUGUAAUCAAUACAUUGGCGGAAUUCUCAUAUCACGUGUGCAUUCA